AGAUUAUCUUUACCUUUUCCCUUUUUUAUAUGUGAGAAAAUCUAGCUGGGUCUAUUUCAAAUCUUCAAUUCUGAGACCUGAGGAGCUGUUUAUGAACUGGACUGCAAUGCUUUUCAUUCGGUAAAUUUGCUGCCAAUAUCCAUAUAUCACAGAAGCUUUGAACAUUUGGGCCUUCGAUUGGAGCUAAGAGGAGCAUGGAAGGUAGCGAUGAAGGAACCAUCAUGGUAGGAACCACUGGAACAAUCAGCUCAUUGAUGACAAAAGAAUUGGAUCAAAUUCAGAACUCUUCCCCUCCACACCCGCAGGUAUCUUCGACAAGUAAACCUCGAAUUUCAGUUACCCGUGGUAGCACUACUCCUAAACAACUACAACCGAGAAAAUCAUUUGGUGAAGCAAGUAGUAGCAGAAGCAGCAGUAGUGACAUCGUAAACCAUAGAAGCACUGGGAUUGGCUCCAAAAUAAAACUUAAUGGAAAACAUACCCAUCAAAUACCCAUGCUUGGUUCCAAUAACUUUCCAUCGGACACUUGUCCAGUUAGGAAAAAAAAUGACAAAAAGAAAAAAUCUAACAUUGUCGAAGUUGUAGACAUCAAAUGUGGUUAUGUAGAUAAAGCUUGGGCUACCCCUAUAACAAAUUCUCUCAAGAAGUUGGGUUUCUCCAAGCUCUCUGAGAGCAUUACCUAAAGCUGGAAUUUUAUGUCAGACUUGUGGUUCUUGUAGCUGAAAGCAUCCCAUUCGGCUUACUGUUGUUGGAUACAUCCAUCAUAUGGCACAUACUUGGUAGGAUCUUGCUACUUCCUCACAUUUUUUUUGUAGUUUCUAUUCUGAAUAAGAAUCUGAAAUUUGUACUAACCAAGUAACCCACUUAGAAAGUUUGAGCUGUCAUUAUGCCAAUUGUCUUGGGAAUUUAAUUCAAGCUGGCUAAAGUACUAAAUUUCUUGGAUUAGAAGGGA